AUGGCGUCCGAGCGGCUCCCGAGCCGGCCCACCUGCCUCCUCGUGGCCAGCGGCGCCGCCGAGGGGGUGUCAGCCCAGUCCUUCCUCCACUGUUUCACACUGGCCAGCGCUGCCUUCAACCUGCAGGUGGCCACCCCUGGGGGGAAGACCAUGGACUUCGUGGACGUGAAUGAGAGCAAUGCACGCUGGGUGCAGGACUUCCGCCUCAAGGCCUAUGCCAGCCCCGCCAAGCUCGAGUCCAUCGACGGUGCCCGGUACCAUGCCCUCCUGAUUCCCAGCUGCCCCGGGGCCCUGGCGGACCUGGCCAACAGUGGGUCUCUGGCCCGAAUCCUGCAGCACUUCCACUCCGAGAGCAAGCCCAUCUGUGCCGUUGGCCACGGGGUCGCCGCCCUGUGCUGUGCCACCAACGAGGACCGGUCCUGGGUGUUCCAGGGCUACAGCGUGACCGGGCCCUCCGUGUACGAGCUGGUCAGGGCCCCCGGCUUCGCCCGCCUGCCCCUCAUCGUGGAGGACUUCGUGAAGGACGCCGGCGCCGGCUUCAGUGCCAGCGAGCCUGACGCGGUGCACGUGGUCCUGGACCGCCACCUCGUCACGGGCCAGAACGCGGGUUCCACUGUGCCCGCCGUGCAGAACCUGCUCUUCCUCUGUGGCAGCCGGAAGUGA